AUGAAGGCGAAAUUCUCGCGCUCACACACGCACGCACACAAGCACACAUAUGGCGGCUACAACGCCUGGUACAACGUGUUUGACAACAAGCUGAAGCGCCGCGUGUACGGGGAGUAUGCGGAGACCUACAUCCACGGGGGCGACAGCUGCGGCAUCCACGCCAGCGGCGCCGGCUUCGACAAGGUGGACGCCAUUGAGCGCAUCACCCUGCCUGUCUACUAA